AUGGACUACCCCGUACACCAAACUACACACUUCAAAACCCCUUUCUGCAGCAAAAAAGGGGGUACCAAAUCAGGUACAUUCAGCCACUGCAAGCCUCCCGCAUUCGUCUAUGACAGGCCCAGGUCUCUCGGAAGUACAGGGUGGGACGCUUGCGGUGUAUGGUAA